UCAUUCAGCAUUCCUCUUCGCUAUACAGAUUAACUAACCACUUACAAGACGUUCCUAGGUCCUAAUAUACCUAGGUAGCGUAUGUACAAACAUAUAAACCACCGUCCUUAUAGUUAUACCGAGGCAUCCCCCACACAAAUCCAAUGGAUACAGAAACCUUCCUCAGCACCUCCUACACCCUCAUCCGAUCCGUCGCCGCCGUCCCCCCCGGCACAUCCGCACCAGCCCUCCCCUCCCCCUCAACCCUCUCCACCGCCCGAUCCAGCAUCCCCACCCCCUCCACCCCCAACGCCCUCUCCGGCCGUGGCCCCGCCGCCACCCUCGCACACCUAACAACCGACAUCGCGCCCGCGCUCGCCGGCCACAACCGCACCGGCCGGUACUACGGGUUCGUAACGGGGUCCACGCUCCCGGUUGCCGAGGCGGCUGAUAACUUGGUCUCGGCGCUGGAUAAUAGCCUGCAGGUGCAUCUGCCAGGGCAGAGCGUUGCGACCGAGGUCGAGGAUGUGGCGCUGAGGUUGCUGUUGCGGUUGUUGGGUUUAGAUGAUGGCGGGGUUGGUGAGGAGGGGAAGGGGAACAACUGGGCCGGCCGCACGUUUACGACGGGUGCGACGGCGAGUAAUGUCCUGGGAUUAGCGUGUGCGCGCGAAGCCGUGAUAAGCGCACGCUUGCCGCCGGCCGGAAGCAGCGCGGAUGGCGGUGGUGGUGGUGGUGGUGGUGGUGGUGGUGGUGUGGGCGAGUUAGGACUGCUAGGCGCGUGUGCGGCCGCGGGCGUGAAAGAGAUUCGAGUCCUAACGAGUAUGGGCCACAGCUCGCUAUCGAAAGCGGCGUCGAUUGUGGGGCUAGGUCGGAGCGCGGUGAAGGAGUUGCGGUAUAGCGAGGCCGAGCCCUGGAGGUUGGAUCUGGAUGCUGUGGAGAGAGAGCUGCAGCGCGAAGGGGUUGCUAGUAUUGUGGCUGUUAGUGCGGGUGAGGUUAAUACGGGGAGGUUUGCGACGACUGGCUUCGAGGAGAUGCGGCGGCUACGGGAUUUGGCUGAUAAGUACAAGGCUUGGAUACACGUUGAUGGUGCAUUCGGCAUCUUUGCCCGCGCCCUACCAGCUACAAGCGAAUUUUCACGGCUCCGGGAGUUUACGGCCGGCCUCGAGCUCGCGGAUAGCAUCACCGUGGACGGGCACAAGCUUCUCAACGUCCCCUACGACACCGGCAUAUUCUUCACUCGCACCUCCCACAUUCCCCAAGCCGUCUUCCAAAACCCCAACGCAGUCUACCUCUCGACGCCGACGCCGACCUCCGGCCCCGCCAUCCCCAGCCCCCUAAACAUCGGCCUCGAGAACUCGCGCCGCUUCCGCGCGCUACCCGUGUACGCGGUCCUCUUGAGCGAGGGCGCGGAAGGCGUAGCUGACAUGCUGGCGCGCAUGGUACGACUGGCUCGCGGUAUCGCCGGGGCUAUAGCUCGUGACGACGAGCUGAGAGGAGACUACGAAUUACUGCCUGCUCUUACGGCCGAGCAGAAGGGGGCAGGGGAGAAAGAGGAGGAGGAGGAGAACACGCAUAUUGUAGUGCUGUUUCGCGCGCGAGACCCGGGGCUUAACGCUGCGUUGGUUGAAAAGAUUCAAGCAUCGGGGGACUGGUACGUUAGCGGGACAAAGUGGGAGGGGCAGCCUGCGUGUCGUAUUGCGGUGGCGAGUUGGCGGGUUAAUGUCGAUGAAGAUUUGGCGUUUGUGAAGGACAGGUUAGUUGGGAUAGCUAAGGAGUGGAAGGACGGGGAUGGUAAAUGAAUACCCCCUAAGACGAGGGACGCGGGUUAGGUUGGAUUACAUAGACUUAUAUAUUAAAGAAGAGGCUUUUAGUGACAAUGGCAAAAGCCCCCUUUUUGUUCUCUUUAAUUUUUUUAUACCUUGCUCGUUGACACGUCUCCCAGAUAGUCUUAUACUAACUUGAAGCUGUAGCAAGAGAAUGCUAUAGCUACGUAAGUGGCCCUAAUUUAUAAUAAUUCAUCUUGAAGCACUUCUCUUAUCGUAAUAUCGAGACUUCUUCGUCCGUAAGCGGCGCGUGUUGCGAAGGAUCUCUAAGACGAUCCCGUACUGAGAGAAUAUACCGAGGAUAGGUAGGCAAACUCCAGUCGUAGUCUUCAACAGACCUGCCCAUACCCUUUGAGGUGGUAUGCUUGUUGUUUGCAAUCUAGCAUUCUAACUCGGCGCAGUAGCCGAUUGAAUCGUCCAGCGAGCGGGCUGCAACAUCAGUCUACUAGCCAUCUUAGCAGCAAAGCAGGUCUGCGACAUUCUGUUCCCAUCUUACAACCAUCCAUCCCAUCCAUCCCAUCCCCUCAGCCAAACUUCCGACUCCCCCCCUUCGUCGUCCCCUUCC